AUGAGUGAGGCUUUGCGCAAAGCAAUAGAUAUUGUAAACCACUACCUGCAAGACAAGGACAAGGGAGUGAACGAUGUAUUCAAGUUCGUAAUCGACAGCUUUUCUCUGUAUCUUAUCAACGCCGAGAACGAAAACGUGGUGGGCUUUUCCGAGAAAAUACUAAGAGACUCGAUUAUAGAUAUUCUGACGCCUGACACCACAGACAACAGCAGCGAGCCCGAGGUGAUGGCGCAGAUACCCGUGUCCUCCAUAGAGUAUGACACGCCCAUGCAGAGAAAAAGGCGAGGGAGCGUGACCGCGUCAGGAAACCCCUUUGCCAUGCUAGUAGACUAUCCAAAGCCUGAAAGCGUGUCUUUAAUGCUGCAGGAGAUUCUGGCAAACACCAGGCUGGUGGCUGGAACAAUGGAUGCGCAGCAGAUGAAGAGGCUGGUUUCCACCAUGUAUAUGCAGAAUGUAAAAAAAGGCGACAGGCUAAUUAGUCAGGGGGAGUAUGGGAAAACCAUGUAUCUGAUCGAGAGCGGAGAGUUCCAGAUUAUGCAGAACGGAAGGCUGAAGGCCACGCUGCGCAAGAACUCGCUCUUUGGCGAGAUAUCCCUGCUCUACAGUUGCCCAAGGACCGCAAGCGUGGUGUGCACAAUAGACGCCACCGUGUGGGUUGUCACGUCCGACGCGUACACUGCCAUUCUUAUGGUGGACCAAAGACGAAACAGGGAGUUCAUCAGCAAGACUCUUGAAAGAAGCAAGACAUACAUGGCUCUUUCUCCUGAAGACAAAAACAAGGUUCUAUACCAGACUCAUUUAAUGCAAUUUGCAAAAGGAGACCUCAUAGACGUUUCAGACGCAGGGGUGUUUUUGGUGCUGUCCCCCGAAAUACCAAUGUCCGAGGAGGCGCUCGAGUCUCCAAAGAACAACGAAGUCACGCAUGCAACUCUUGAAGAGGGCUGGAUUAUCCAGAAGGGUGCAAUUGUUUGUGGCACCUGUGUGAGUGUUCUGUUUGUCCCCGACUAUAUUUAUCCAUUGAUCCGUGACAGCAGUGCAUUCAGAACAAUUAACCAGCGUGCAUUUUAA